GAACGUUGAACGCCAUACCAUCUAGGAGUACACAUUAAUCGACAGAUUUACUCCGUAUCUUAUUUUUCUUUUCUUUUCCAUCGAUAUUCUUGUGUACGGCCUCAUUCCCAUUAGCUCCCGAAUGAAACGACAGCCAUGAGUGACCACUCAAUUGAGCGGACGACGCGUCUCCAUGACCUUGAAAUCCAAUAUCAGAAGAGUCGCCACGACACCGAACUCAUAGACCGAGACGAAGAAGCUCGCCGAUUAGAGCUCCGAGUGUUGCUGCUUGAAGAUGAAAAUACUCAGCUGCAGGAUCGAUGCGCCGCCAAGAUUGACGAAAUAAAAACUCUAUCAAGGAGGAACGAUAGACUACGCGUCAAGCUUGAUGCAAUAAAUUCGCAGGUUACUUCUGAAGAUGAACAGAUUAAAAAUCUCCCAAUUGAGGAUAGGCCAAAGACGGGGGCAGAAACGAGUGCGGCGACUGCAGAAAGCUCGAGCAGGGCUGUCGAAGAGAAUGCUGCACUUACAAAAGAGCUUCGAGAGCUGCGAUCAGAAGUAAAGCUUUUACGGCUACGGGUUGCGGACGACGAGAAAUCGACAUCGAACCAGCAACCGCAAAAACACUUGCCAGAGUCUGCGAGCGAGGCACAGUCAAAAUCAAACGAUACAAACGAAGAAACUAUUAAACUGCAAUCAAUGCUAGACAAAACUACCGAACGAAUAGCGGAGGAAGAACGGCAUCGCGAAAGGAUGAAAGUGAACCAUCAGAAGCAACUUGAUGAAUCCAAACGCAAAAACAAUAAAUUGGAGGAACAAGUAUUGGCAUUAGAGAGGAAAUUGAAAGACACACAAACAGAGCUACGAGAGCUACGGCAAGCGUCACACUCUGGCCCGAAAGAUAGACCAGGUGAUGGUAAUAUUUCCAACCAAGAUGCCGCAACGAAAUCUCCACCGCCUGAGAAGGAGAAGAUGCCCCGCAAAAGAGUGGCAAGGAAGCGUGCAACAGAGCAAGCGAAGAUGGGAGAAAAAUCAACGUUUUCAAUUACACCACUACUCAAUAAAAUAAAGGGUGCUGGUGAAGCUACUGGGCGCCGUAGCUUAACGUUUGAUGACAUACUUCUACAAGAGGGCGAUGAUCCGUCACCACUCCGGGUAGCAAAGAAAACUGAGACUCGGUCUACAGCAGCACCGGUUACGGGACUGGUGGCUUCUACACCUCUAAGACCUCGAGAUAAACUGGGGUCCAAGCCUGCUGAAACGCAACCCAAGCCAGAAGCAACAUCAGAUGAAGUCCCUGCAGCCAAGCCUGCAGCUCCCAGUCAGGACGCGGGGGACGAAAACCCCGAAGAUACAAAUGGCGAAGGAAUGUUGAAAGCAGUCGACUCAAAAGAAACAGCUCUUCAUAAACGAAUCAAGCUUCACGAGUCUACCACUACUGACCGUGCCGUUGAAUUCGAGCAAAAGAAGAGGAGGAGAAAGCUGAUAAACAAGGCUAAUACUAUAAUAGAAGAAGAUGAAACUGGUGAGGGAACCCAGCCCACAGAGGCACAACCUGGCCGGGCCAGGAAACUAAAGUCAGGCAUGGGAAGUGCUUUCAACUCAGGAAGCGCCCCCAAACCAUUUUCGCCUCUCAAACGACAUAAACGAGGGAUGAACGCAAGCUUCUUGGUUUGA